UGUGGGUCGAUCGGAUCAUCAUCACAACCCAUCGCCCGGGACUAAGGAACUUAAUUGCGCGGGCUCACAAACAUCUCUUAGGUAUCGUGAUGCUCUCUCUGUUGCCGAUACUCCACGCUCGAACACUCUAUUCAACCUUCCACCCGUUCAACAUGGUCAAUUGAUCGAGAUACCCGCCUCACAUGGUCAAUCGGCCCUGUUGGCAGCCCCGACGAUAUGCCCGAAUUAUGCAAACCUUGUGGUCCCGUGCUGCUCAAGCGCAGUCCGCCUGUCGCUGUCGGAUCUGCCUACACUCGACGAACGCCUUGACGAGACGUACAACUACCGCCGCCUCGAGGAGGAGAGUUACCGGUGCCGAUCUUUUUACCGCCUGCUAUACUACCAUCUUGGGCACCGCAACUUUCAUCGACGCCCACCGCAAAAACCAACGACGAGAACAGCUGGACGGAGAAUUGAGCCGCGCGAGAGCCGCACUAACGCAAUUAAAUGUCUGCCCUGGUCAGGAAACAACUGAUGAGGAACACGCUGCGACGCUUGGGACAGUUCCAGCGGGGACGCUUUCCAGCGAGUUGUCGGGUUGUCUGCAGCCUUGGAAGGGUGAUAAGUCCGUUCGUCCUCUUCUCGAGGAGCUCAAGUCUCUCUGCAACCUUACCUUUCGACCCGUUGCCCGCCAAUCAUGGUUGGAAAAGCAGGUGGACUGGGUUAAUGUCGAAGCUGCCAUAGUUAUCGAAGAGUUCAAUCCCUCUAUCAAGCUUCGGGAGCCUCUGAGCCACCAGUCCUUGGCAGCUACAACUACAACCGUUCUCCGUCUUGUCGGCAAUUUACUCAGGCUGACUCGGGUACCCUCAAGUCGUCGGGCGCAAGAUGAGGCGCAGCCCACUAACCAGGCCGAAGAUAACAUCUUCGCGGAGCUCGAGAUUCUCAGACGCGAGCAGGACUUUCCUGGCUACCAAUUUCCCACUGUAGAUCCCGAUUAUACCUGGCACAUACGAGGUUGUCUGAAUAGGUCAAUACGUCGCAUCUUCCACCAAGCAGUCACACCGCGAGAAACUGUGGGCAGGAUAUCUUAUAAUCUUCUGACAGUUGGCGUGCCACCCACUAUUCAUACUUACAACACCCUAAUCGUCGGCUUCAACCGGAUGCAACGCCCCGAUCUUGCUCAAGCUGUUAUUGAUUCUUACCUAGACGAAACAGCAUGGCCUGCUACAGACCAAACCCUCAUUUGCUUACUAAGUCAUUACCGAGGACCUGGUGGGAAAGAAGGAUUCCGUGAAGCUGUACAAAAGAUGAGAGGAGGGAGGGAGGACGGGCUGCAUCUUGCCACUGUAUGUGACGAGAUGUACGAAAUGAAGAGAGAUCGGUCAUCUCGAAAACGAUGGAAAGCAGGAGCAAAAAGGACGAAUGCUACUUUCAAUCAUCUCAUUAAGGGAUGGCUGUAUCACGAAGAUGUUGGGAUUGCAUGCAUGACUUUUGUGGCUUGCCUUCGACAUGGUGCGUCGCUCCCAGUUCAUACGUUGCAUGAACUUCUCAGGGGUUGCCUGGCCACGGCCGACUUCUCCAGCGCGCGGAAAUUGCUCACUGGCAUAGUGGACAAUUUCGAGAAUUUCAAGACAUAUCUUACAUGGGCCAUUAGUGCCCAUACGGUAGCAGUGGUUCAGAGACUCUUGCAGAGUCUGCACCAAAUCAUCAACAUCUGCUGGCUACCUUUCAGUGAAAUAUUUGGUGAAACUGAAAAGAAAUAUGCUACGGCGGCAACAUCAUUACAGGCAGUAAUGAGUCACAUGGCUGCGCAGCUUGAGGCACAGGAUGAAUCAUUAUUGCCCUCGGUGCUCUCCGAUACAUCGGAACAGCUCGCGUCAGCAUCUGGAGAGACCGAUGCUGUUAUCUCUCCUGAAGAUAACACCAAGUUAAGCAAACGAACAUUGACGGAAUCUGAAAGGCUGUAUGCGCGGAUAGCAAUGCUCGUCUCUAUCGAAAGGAGAUUUGGUGAUCUCGAAGAGCGAGUGCAAAACCUUGACGCAGCUCUCAAGGCUGCCGCUAUCGAGGCCAAGACUGGACAUAGCAUUGAUGUCGAACCUAUCAUGUCUCCUACUUUCCUCGGCACUCCUACGUAUGAGAAGCAACGUUUCGCUACACGCCGAGCGCUUAGCCUCCUGGACGUAUGGGACGCCAACUUGACGAUAGAAGAUGUCGCGAUUCAGUUAUUCCGAAACAUACCUGACAAGGCCCUGAUUGGCCCGUUGGAGGAAAACGGCAAUUGGAAGAGGUUAAGCAUACCAACAUUGAUAUCUUUCUUUAACAGCACUACGGUCUCUACACGGUCUUAUGACGGCCCCUAUGAACACCUUGAAGAGCGGCUUGAGGCUAUAAAAGAUUCGACCAGAGCGCUUAUCUUCAGCCACCUCACCCAAGAUAGGCAGCAGCGCGUCAUGUAUAACUAUGGGUUUUAUUAUAAUGUGGGCACAAGGAGGCUCAGAUCCUACCUUCACGCCAACAUGAAGUAUAACUUGCCUGGUGUUCUCCAAACGAGCUUCGAGGCCCAGUACAAUGAAUUUUCCAACGAUUACAGAACAACAACGCCUUUGCAAACAAUACCAAGAGAGAACCCCGCCGCCUUAAACCCUGUCAUACCAUCUAAGUCAAAUAACUCGGCCGCGGAAUCAACGGGGGCCCUGAAAGAUGACUGGGGAACUGCACAUAAACAAGAACAACAACAGGAUCCUCCAAUGUUUUGAGAAGAGGGUCUAUGUCUUUAAAUAACAGCGAUCGGAUAGUGUAUGUAUUAAGAUGUAUAGCAUGUUCCCCUGUUCAACAUUCAUAAAUGGCCCUUCACAUGGAUAGAUAUCUUCAUGCUAGGAGGCAAUGAAGGCUACUUGUAUAAGACUAGAUUAUAUAUGAUCGAUGAGCAGCUACUUCAUAGUACAACCAUUCAUAGUAUAGAUAUAUUCAAGCAUUAGACUAAAAAUAAAAAAUUUUGUUCAAAAUGA